AGAAUCGCAGACAUGGGCACGGGCACGGGCAUCGUUGUCCUCGAUCUUGCGAGCCAACUACCCACAACGAUGUCUUUUGACGGCUUCGAUUUAUCGCCCGACCAAUACUCGCAAGAUCUGCCGGACAACGUAUCUCUCAAAGUGCUCGAUGCGAAGGCCACUCCUCCUCCUCCUGAAGUCAGAAAUCGAUAUGAUGUGAUACACUUGCGGUAUCUGAACAGCGCGAUGAACGAGAAGGACUGGGAGGUCGUU